AUGUUGGAAGAUGUAUUCGGCGCUGUUGGGCGUUUCUUCUUACAUGUUUAUAAAACUUUACUCAAUAGACAUUCAUUAUUUGGCCUUCUCAGACAUAUCUUAAUCAACAUGACAUUUAUCUUAAUAUGGAUCACAACUUUUAAGAACGCAUGGCGUAUAGAUGCUUCGAUUCGACCCCUCAUUGAUGUCAACUAUCUGGAAGAAGCCGACCGACGAGUGUUUGAUCUAAGCUUCGAGGGGAUCUUCAUACAAUGUGUUGUUUCGGCGUUGGGGUAUGCGUGGAUGUAUGCUCUUACUCGGCGGUCGAAACUCUCGAUUCUUGCGGCACUACCUCCUUUCUUACUGAACAUCCUAUAUGCUGGCACACAUUCUCUUUGCUCGGCACUUGAUGUUUUUGCAUGGCUUUCAUACGGCGUGAUACACUUUAUCUCGCCCUUCCUAGCCGCAUUCUGGCUCUGGCUCUUUGCCUCACCAGGUGUGGUAUCAGUGUUUGCAUGGUCAUUUGGAAUACAGAACUGCUUGGGCAUCAUAACCCACCUCUCCUUUCCCAGCGCCGCGCCGUGGUAUGGAGAUCAAUACGGGUAUCCUCUCCCGCCAGGAAACUAUAGCAUGCCAGGCUCUGCUGCAGGCCUGGUUCGAGUCGAUGCUGUCCUAGGAACACACAUCUACGCCAAUGCAUUCAAAGCCUCUCCUCUCGUCUUUGGAGCCUUCCCCUCCCUACAUGGAGCCUUCAGUUGCUGCUGUUUCUUCUUCAUCGCCCGCUAUUCGAGGAAGGGAUCUUUCAUGCUCGGCUUCUACGUCCUCUGGCAAUGGUUCUCGACCAUGUAUUUGCGACAUCACUGGCGAAUUGACCUUCUGGGCGGGCUCUUGUAUUCCGCUUUCGCGUUCUCAUUCUUCUACAGGAGUUUGGGGAGGAUUGAUCGGGCGUAUGCUACUGGAGUUAGCGGUGGCAAUGGAUGGCAAAGACUAUUUGAGGGGACGAGGUUGCAAUUUUGGUUCGAUCAUAGGCCAGAGAAAGGAUAUAUGGCUGUGAUGGAGAGUAGCGAGAAUGGAGAAAGUGGUAGGACGAGUAUUGAGGUUGUGAUGAGAGAGCGUAGCGAGGGCGAUUUGGAGGCUGCAUGGGUUGAGGAUUUGGGUGCCACGUGGAAAACGAGAGAGCCGAGGGUUUCUCCAGUAUAA